AGAGAUCCUUGAUUGACACAGUGAAAAUUAUUUAUAUCGAUAUUAUAUCGAUAGUUAGGUAUAUCGAUAUGUCUGAAAGACAUGAGUCCUAUAGAACUUGGGUGAGGUUUGAAUUGAAACGGAAAGAUGACAGUGUCGUUAAGUUAAGAAUUCAAGAUCUUCCAUUGGAUCGGAUAGAUGAUGCAACCGAAUUCUUACUUAAUAACUAUAUGAAAGAAGAAUCAUUUCAAGUUGCAGCUGGGAUCCCUAAAAAUGAAGAAGCAAUAUUAGAAAAUCUGAAAAUAAAAAGAAGUAUGUUAGAAAGACCAAAUAUAUCUUCGGUCAUGUGUUGUCUAGAUGAUCAGGAUACUGUUGGUGAAAUUAUUGGAUUAUCAAUUAUGGGUCUCGACAAAAAUUCUGAAAAGCUUAAAAAUAUUGUACGAGGUAUGGAGUUUAAGACUAAGGAAAUAAAGAAUUUAUUCCACAUUCUGCUAGUCUUGGAAGAGUACGUAGGUGACAAAUCAUUUGAGACUUAUUACGGUGACAGAGGGCUCUCAGUCCACCCCGACUAUAGAGGACUGGGCUUGGCGAAUGAGUUUGUAAGAGUGAGAAAACUUAUCUGUAUUGAGCAUAAAGUACCCAUGGCUUGCGCCUGGAUGACCGCCAUAGAAUCGCAAAAGGCAGCCGCAAAGAAUAAUUGGAAAACCUUAACUGAGAUAUCUCCAGAGGAAUUGGAAAAACUGACAGGAUUGAAGUUCGAAAAGAAGGUUCCAAGUUUCAAGUUAAUGUAUACGACCACAGACUAGC